AGGUCCAAAGCGGGUAGAUUCUCGUCUGUAAACGGAAGAACAUUAGGGAGGCGGACUUUUCGCCCGCCCCGCCAAGUGCACGGCUCUCUGCCGCGGCGCGCAUCAGUCUGACGACAGACCUGCAGCGCUCGCCUCCCGCAGCUCUACUGCAAGAAGACCUGAUCUCUCUCAUUUUGGCCAACAGAUGAAUUUGCAUUGUGAAGAGGUUUCAGAAGUCUUAGCGUACCUCACAGCAGAAGACAAGAAAAAGGUCAGAAUGAUGUUUUGAAAGUUGCGCAUCUUCUCUUGCAUGGUGAAAACUUGUGAAGGUCCUGAAUGGAGAACAAGGCGAUGUACCUGAGCACAUACGAGGAGCGGGACAACAGCUCGUUCUACGAGGAGUCCUAUGAGGGACGGAACCUGUCCAAACUCAACCUGUGUGAGGAAGUGGGUUCCGGAAACCGCAGAAGGAAGACAGAGAGCUGUUGUGGUCAAUUGGAAUCUCUGUCUUCUAUCAAAUAUGCCAUUGUUUCCCUCUACAUCUUGGUCCUGUUGAACAUUUUUGGCCUCUGCAUCACAGUGUCCAGGACCCAGCUCUCCUCUGAGAAGCAAGAAGCCCUGCUCGAGAACGUGACCAGAAUUGGUGACCGCACUGAUGCCCUCCAGAAAUUCCUGGGCCAGCUCUCGUCCCAGAGUGACCUCCUGGAGAACAUCUGGAAGCUGGAGAGCCUCUUCCACAAUCACAGUGAGGAGCUGCAGCAGUUGGGACACCUGGUGCAGGGCCUAGAGCGGGAUGUGCGGGACCUUCAGGCUUUCACCGAGCACACGACGGGCUCCAUGGCACAGAUGGAGGAGCACCUGGGCACAGUGGUCUUGUCCAGCCAGAGCAACAGCAGCCGCCUGGGGGCGGAGCUAUCUCAGGCCGCCGCCUCCAUCCGCAGCCAGGACUCCACUCUGCAGGAGACAGCAAACCAACUGGAGGUGCUGCGGGACCGGCUGGAGGAGGUCGGCGGGGUUGUGGGCUCCAUCAACCGUUCAUUGGGCGGCGACGUGGGCAUGCAGCGAGUGGAGGUAGAGCAGCUGUGGCUCAGGCUGGGCAAUGUGACGCAGGACGCCGUGAGCACAAGGAUUGCUCAGGUGCACCUGGAGGAGCAGAUGAGGAACGAGAUCGAGAUUCUCAAUGUCAUCACCGAGGACCUGAGACUCAAAGACUGGGAGCACUCCAUGGCCCUGAAGAACCUCACUAUCAUACAGGGUCCCCCUGGACCAAAAGGUGAGAAGGGGGACCCGGGGCCUUUAGGUCCAUUCGGACUGCCUGGCCUGACAGGCCUAAGAGGAGUACAAGGAGAGAAGGGCAUGCAGGGUGCACGAGGGCUUACUGGUCCUAGUGGCAGUGACGGUCAACAUGGGGAUAAAGGAGAUAUUGGACCACAGGGACCGAAAGGCCAGAGAGGAGAGAGGGGUUUCAAAGGAGAGAAGGGCGAUCAAGGAGACCAAGGAGUCACGACAGUCGAGGAGGCACUGGUGCGUUUGGUGAACGGCUUGGGGCCUCAUGAAGGCCGGGUGGAGGUGUACCAUGAGCAUCGCUGGGGGACUGUGUGUGACGAUGUGUGGGACAAGAAAGAUGGAGACGUGGUGUGCAGGAUGCUGGGAUACCGUGGAGCACAGGAGAUCCACAAAACGGGACACUUCGGACAAGGUACGGGUCUGAUUUGGAUGGAUGACGUUGCUUGCAUUGGUACUGAGGACACCAUUCAUCAGUGCAAGUUUUCUGGAUGGGGCAAAACCAACUGUGGUCAUGUGGAAGAUGCAGGGGUGACUUGCAACACUUAAACCCCUCCCAGAUUUCUGAUGAACAGACUGACCCACCUACAGGACUGCAGCACAACAUCUGAUUGGCUGAGAGAGAUUGAGGGAAAGUGCUGUGUCCCUCCAGGCCACCGUAGGCCUGACAGUUUCAAGAAAGCCUCAUCUGGCAGGGCUGGGCUGGGAGGUCAUAGAGUGCUCCCUUGGGGGAAAAGAACACCCUCCCUGGCACAGAUUGUCAUCAUUCUAAAUGCACACACAGCCAAAAGAGAAGCGCGUAGGACAAAUAUGCUGACAUACUUACAGCCUUCUUCACAAAGGCAGGAGAAAACACCCUGAGUGAUAAUGAGCGUGAGUGAGUGAGUGAGUGAAUGUGUGUUUACCUUUGAAAGCUCCACUGCCUUUAUAUUUGUUUUCAGUCUUUAACAAACAAAUGACUUUUAAUGCCCUCUUUUCUAAGUCACCUUAUUUUGUUAAAGGACAGCCAGAUAUACACACACACACACACACACACACACACCACUUUACCUCAAUAACACAUACAGCAGUGGGGUGGCAAUAGGGUGUGUGUGUGUGUGUGUGUGUGUGUGUGUGUGUUGGGUUUAAAUAGCGAACAUGAUCAUAACAGAGAGAGUUUAUAGGCCAAUUUUGUCAAAAUGUUGAUAUAACACAGAGGACGUGUUUAAAGUCUUGCACAAUAUAAGGAAGCGAUAUACACAGUAAGUCUAAUAAAGGGAAGAGAUUAAUGCUGGUUUACUUGAAGUUUAAUGUGCCUUCAGUAUUUCUAUGAUGUAAUCAGUAUUCGCCCUUAGAGGCGCUCCGUUUUCUAUACACUUCGUCGACUGUCCAGAUCCAAAUUGUUCUAAGUGAAGAUAUGCAACUGCAUUCAGCUUUGAUUACAGUUUAUGACAACCCCGCUCCCAGAGACUCUCUCUUCUCUCCCACAGUCUGGUGACCUAGAUGAGCUGUGUCAGAUCAUAUUCACACUCAGUCUCCACAUCGGGGUGCAUCUCUGGGAGGAUGGGACGGGCAGCCCCAGUUUACAACACAUUCCACAUCACUUCUGGGUUAGUUAUGAAUGUAAGGAAACAGCCUGUUAUGCUAUUUCUGUCCACUGAUGUAGGGAAGCAGUAAACCCCAAAUAACACCAUCAGUCAGGUUGAAUAUCCAUAACUAACAUGUUGAUAGUAAAUCGGAGCAAUAUAAACAACACAAGAGUUGCACAAGAGCCUGUUUUGUUGGAGUGCUGUUAUGGAUACCUAUUGUCUGUGUGUGUGUGUCUGUGUGUGUGUAGAUUUUAAACUGGCCUACACUUGACUCUGUCCCAUCCCCCCCACCCCCCCACCCCAAGUGCCUGUUUCCACAUCAGUAUUCCCGAAGAGAAUGAUCAUGUAUCAGACCUUUCACCAAAGACAACACACUGUGUUCCCAUCCCAGCUGGGAUUUUCUCUAGUCUCCCUCACACAGCCAUUCAUUAAGGGAAAAAAAAAAAUUAUUAGUAUUAUUUUGUCAACAUUCUAUCUCUGAGGAUCAUGGCACAUCAUUCCUUAACUGGAUACUAGCAAACGUGCUUUAAAAACUAAUAUUUCCCUUCCACAGUAGCUAAAAUACCAGCUAAGCUCAAACACUCAAGCACUUCUUUUUAUUUAAUUUUGAAUGUGUAGCAUUUUUUUCUAUACCUAACUGCAGAGGGUUUCAGUGUUUCUAACAAACCACAAGUAUGUAAUAUUGAGCAUAUCGUAUCUUACCUGACCUCGGUUAAAAACUUGUCUUUUUCUUUUGUACUUUAAUCUUAACAGGUUUUGCUUUGGUACAUUAUUCUCCUUUAUGUAGAAGGCAACACUGUCCUUAUUAAUGCCAUUAGCACUAUUGUGCUCAGCUUUUAAAGGCUCUGUUAUAAUGGUUAUAUCAUCUAAGAAUAUGACUAUUCUAUCCAAGUUUACUGUUAUUGGAAGAAGUUUGUAUGCAAGUACAUUUAAAUGUUUAGUGCAUUUAUUGCAACGUUACAUCCGUAUGCCAUUUGGAUAAUCAAGAAUCCUUUAAAAAUGUAGAUUGAUUUUGACUUAAUUUUUGUUUUAAUUACCAUUAGGUUUUAACAUCUGACUCUGUGCACUAUGCAGUACAUUCUGUAUUAAUGUAAAUAAUGACAUAAAUGAUGCAUCAUGUGAUGAUAUCAACAUACCUGCACAUAUUGUAAAUGUCAGAAACAUUAUAAACCAUCUCAGAGAAACAUAUCUCAGAGAAAACACCUUGAAUAAAAUGUUUUUACCUUUUUCA